ACACGAAGAAGAACAGUUGUAGGCUUCUUAAAGUAGCAGCACGUUGGUGUUUCGUAGCAGCUAAAAGUGUGUUUGCAUGCUUGAUGUAGAAGAAAAUUUUGCUAUUAUUCGAUACAUUUUAGAAAUACCGCAUUGACAGUCAUAAAGUGAAGUCUUUAGUUGGUAGCAGAAACAUUUGCUAGCUAGCAUUUGCUACCUUAAGUAUCUCUCGAAAUCUGCUCGGGCGUUUAUCGCCAUUUUGCGGAUUCAACAGAUUUAGACUUUUGCUAGCACAAAGGUACAGCAAUCGGUACAGAAAUUAUAGCAGAACGUUUAGCAGAAUGGCAGAGGCAGACCGGCCAGGGAAGCUCUUCAUCGGUGGUUUGAACACCGAGACUACUGAGAAGGCAUUGGAACAGUACUUCAGUAAAUAUGGCAGGAUUGUAGAAGUGCUUUUGAUGAAAGACCGUGAAACAAACAAAUCGAGAGGCUUUGCAUUUAUAACCUUUGAAAGUCCCGCUGAUGCCAAGGAUGCAGCACGUGAGAUGAAUGGAAAGUCUCUUGAUGGCAAACCUAUCAAAGUAGAGCAAGCUACAAAGCCACAAUUUGAGAGUGCUGGAAGGCGAGGACCUCCACCUAUGCACUCCCGUAGUCGUGGUCCACCCAGAGGUCCGCGUGGUUCCAGAGGAGGUCCUGGUGGCAUGAGGGGUCCCCCUUCUAGAGACUACUAUGAUAAUUCAGGAAGUGGAGAGCCCUUCUUUAAAGGGAUGUCAUCCAGAGGGCCCCCUCCAAUGAAACGAGGGCCCCCAGUUCGUAAUGGAGGCCCCCCACCCAAGAGGUCUGCCCCAUCAGGUCCCAUGAGCAGGCCCCCUAUGUCAAGGGACAGGGAUCCCUAUGGUCCUCCCCCACCUCGGAGAGACUCCAUGAUGUCCAGGAGAGAUGAUUAUCCAUCACCAAGAGAUGAUCAUUACAACCCUAAAGACGGAUACUCGAGUCGGGAUUAUAAUUCUAGAGAUUCAAGAGACUAUGGACCUCCUUCCAGAGAUUACUCAUACAGAGAAUACUCAAAUUCUGGUUCACGAGAUGACUAUGGCUCAGUGUCAAGAGGAUACAGUGACCGUGAUGGUUAUGGAGGUGGCCGAGAACCUAGAGGAUAUAUGGAACGUCCCAGUGGUGGAUCAUACCGAGAUUCAUAUGAUGGUUACGGUAACUCACGCAGCGCCCCACCUUCAAGGGGCCCUCCACCAUCCUAUGGUGGGGGCGGUGGAAGCAGUCGUUAUGAUGACUAUGGAAGCAGCUCCCGGGAUGGCUAUGGCAGUCGUGACAGUUACCCCAGCAGUCGGAGUGACCCAUAUCCACCUAGCCGCGGUGAGCGAAUGGCCAGGCAGGAAAGGGGCCCAGCUCCCCCUGCCGAGAGAGGCUACCCUCCUCGUGAUUCGUAUGGUGGCUCAAAUCGUGGAGGGCCACGUGGUGGUCGUGGUGGCAGUCGAGCCGAUAGGGGAAUGGCUCGCAGCAGAUACUGAAACUGGACUUGGAAAUCACAUUAAAGCAAACAUUAGUGUCCGUGCACACUUGACAUGUGUUUUUGGAAGAAAUCCUGGCAAGACAAAAUAUCCAUGUCUAACUCUGUGGAAUAGGAAGAUUAGCUUUAACUUGUAUCUUGACUUUCCCCAUUUUUUUUUUAAUUUUUAAUGUGUAAAAGUUUAUAUAUUUUUCUUUUUUUAAAUAUUUCUCUGCACAUGUCAGUAUAGUUACAAGUGUUAGUUUUUGUACAUUUAGUGCUGUUGGACUCAAUGCUCUAUAAGUAUGACAUUCUUUCUCUAAUAAAGGUUUUAGUUGUACCUUGA